AUGUUCGACGUCGUCGUUGUUGGUGCCGGCCUGAGCGGUCUUCAGGCUGCCUACUCUGCGCAGCAAGCAGGACUAUCUGUCGUCGUUGUCGAGGCGAGAAAUCGCGUUGGCGGAAAGACCUGGAGCGUGCCUUUGGCAUCUGGCAGAGGAUAUGCUGACCUUGGAGCUGCCUGGGUCAAUGAAAACACUCAACCACGUAUUACCAAGUACAUCCGAAAGUUUAAUCUUCCCAUGGUUGCACAGCGACUAGUCGGGAAAGCAGUCAUGCAAGUGUCCGAGAACGAGAGGAUCGAGUUUCCAUUUGGCAUCACACCCGAGUUCACUCCCGAAGAAAAGAAGAAUCUGGAGUUCGUUCGAGACCACAUCCAAGCCGAGUCGCUGAAGGGAGAGACUCCCAAAAGAGACGAUGACAGCGUGUCUUUGGAUCAAUACGUGAGAAAUCUAGGUGCACUUCCCAAGACUAUCGCCAUGAUCAAUCUUUGGGCGAAAGUCAUGCAUGGUGUAGAGUCUACGGAGGAGUCUGCUGCUUGGUUCAUCGACUACUGUCGUCGGAACAGAGGCCUCUUCUCGAUUCGUGCAGAUGACAAAACUGGUGGAAACUACCAGCGCUUGCACAAAGGCACGCAGCAAAUCGCAAAUGGCAUUGCCGACCUGAUAGGGCACAGCAACAUUCAUCUUUCCGCGCCCGUUGUGUCGAUCGAAAAUACAUCGGCUCAUGUCACCGUGAUCACUACCAACGGCCAACGUUUCGUCGGAAGAAAGGCCAUUGUAUCCGUUCCAAGCACCAUGAUGCGUGACCUGAACAUCUUUCCACCCUUGCCUUCAAGACUCCGUGAAGUCAACGAUUCUUCAAGGCUUGGUCACUACAACAAGGCUAUUCUAUGCUACGACAAGCCAUGGUGGAGGGACCUUGGAUACAACGGUUUCUUCAUGAGCUACACUGGCCCAAUCACUUUGGCUCGCGACACCAGUGUCGAUGAGACGGGAUUCUACUCGCUGACUUGCUUUGUCAACGGCAAGUUUGGUGAAGAAUGGUCUAAGCUUCACCCCCACGAGCGUCGUAACGUGGUCUUAAAGCAAGUUGCGAAGGCUUUCAACGUUGGACAAGAUUCGGAAGUCUUCCGUCCGAUUGAAAUCUUCGACCAAAUCUGGAAGCAUGAGCAAUAUAGCAAGGGGGCGCUGGCUCCGAUUCAGGAGAUUGGACACUACACGGAGUAUGCUGAUGUCUACGGCAAGCCCGUUGGCAAUCUUCAUUUCGUGGGUACUGAAUACUCUACAGAAUGGAAGGGGUACAUGGAGGGGGCAUUGUGUUCUGGGGAGCAGGGUGCGAAGGAGGUGGUUGACGCUGUUCAGCGUACUACGCGAGCGAAUCUGUAA